GAGCUGCGGGGUGAGGUCUGUUGUUGUGUCUGGGUAAAUAAUGUAGAAAAUUAGCAAACUGUGAACGGAAUAAUGGCGGGAUUUAUCGAGUUAUCGGUGUUUUAAAACGGGUUUUUACAGCGCACUAUCCGACCGUUAGUCCGUGUUCUUCUUCUAUGGUUCCGGUGUCCUUUCAUACCUCCAGUGCUGCGGUGAAUCUCCCAUUAGCUUCCAUGGAUUGUUAGCUGCUAACGCUAUGUGUGAUACGGACUGUGUGGAUAUUUUUAAACCCAAAUAGUCCCCAAAUAAUCCCGAAAAGAAGACAUGGCGUCCUCCAAGGCCAAAGUGGGAGUCCACGGUGACACGAACUGUGUGAAAGAAAGUAAAAAUAACACAACCGGCGGCAGUGCAGCUGGAGAAGCAUCACUGAAUAGUCGAAUAUACAGUCUGGAUGAGCUGGAGACCAUCGCUACUGUUGGCACGGGGACGUUUGGCCGAGUCUUCCUGGUGAGGGACAAGAAGAGCAGGAACUUUUUUGCCCUGAAGCAGAUGAAGAUCCCCGACGUGAUCCGACUGAAACAGGAGCAGCACGUUCACAACGAGAAGGAGGUGCUGACCGAGGUCAACCACCCGUUCCUCAUACGACUGUUUUGGACACACCAUGACGAGCGCUUCCUCUACAUGCUCAUGGACUACGUGCCUGGCGGCGAGCUCUUCAGCUAUCUGCGCAGCCGAGGCCGCUUCAGCAACGCCACGGGCCUCUUCUACACCUCAGAGAUCGUCUGCGCCAUCGAGUACCUGCACUCCAAAGAAAUCGUGUACCGCGACCUGAAGCCUGAGAACAUCCUGCUGGACAGAGAGGGCCACAUCCGCCUCACCGACUUCGGCUUCGCUAAGAAGCUCUCUGACAGGACCUGGACUCUGUGUGGGACUCCGGAGUAUUUGGCCCCUGAAGUCAUCCAAAGUAAAGGUCACGGCCGGGCAGUGGACUGGUGGGCCCUGGGAAUCCUCGUCUUUGAAAUGCUGGCUGGGUACCCGCCGUUCUUUGAUGACAAUCCUUUCGGGAUCUACCAGAAGAUCCUGGCCGGCAGACUGGAGUUCCCACGACAUCUGGAUUUCUAUGUCAAAGACCUCAUCAAGAAGUUUCUGGUCAUUGACCGAGCCAGACGGCUGGGCAACAUGAAGAACGGAGCAGACGAUGUGAAAAAACAUCGGUGGUUCAAGACGAUCGACUGGGACGCCGUUCCUUUGAGGAAACUCAAGCCUCCCAUUCUUCCUAAAGUUUCCCACGAAGGCGACACCUCGAACUUCGACGUCUACCCUGACGAGGACUGGAAGAAAGAUCCUCCUGUGCCUCAGAAGGACUUAGAGCUCUUCAAGAACUUCUGAUCACCUUAUUUAUUAUCCUCAGAAUCAGUUGAAACGUUACCGGUACCAUCAUGGAGGGAGACGGGGGAGGGGGUGUCACAUUUAUCCUUAAUAAUCCCCCCCACUUCCACUAAUGACGACCUCCUUAUGAUCGAUACUGUGACGUGUAUCACACCACAGCUUUUUAUAUUUUUAUUUAUGUGACUUUUGUCAAACUUUUUCGCCGUUAUGGAUUUUUUUAUGCGUUUUUUCUCUGAGCCUGCUCAUAUGCAAAAACAGAAAAAGAAAAAAGACUGUUAAUUUGUAGUUACAAAAGAGAAUAACCAGGUCUUUUUUUGAUAUCGUCAUGUUUGAAUAUUUUAUCUGUUUUUAAAAAUGUUCAUGCAGUCAUAUUUAAUGUGACUCCAGACUGGUGCUGCAGCUCUCAGCCGGCCAGUUUGUUUGGGAAUAAUGAGCAACUUUAGACUCGUUCUAUCACGGGGUCGUUUAUACUUCACGUUCACAUCGGAUCUGGGUAUUCAGAUCAAUACAGCUGACUUCACUUCAGAGCUCACUAGCCUGUCUCUUAUGCAACAUCAGCCCAUACACAAUUUCUGUGGCUCCUUCUACCGUGAUCUCUUUACAUCCAAAGCCACUAGCAAUACAAAUGAAUUAGGGUGAAACUGCUAAGAGGCUAGCAGCGCCUCUUUAAAAGCUUUAUUUUCCAUUAACAUGCUUUUAAAGAAUAUGAUGAUACACUAUUUUGUAAAUACACUUUGAGUUUGACUAAAAUGGCUCUCAGUUCUAGACAACAAGUUGCAGGAAACUUGUGUUUUUAUCCAUUCUUGUUGCUUAAGGUUGGCCACACAUUAGACAAAACACCAAUUAGCUCCAGGAAUUGAUCCAAGUACCAUUGCGCCCAAACCUGUUGCCUCUGUAUAUGGGCUAAACUGAAGCCCCAUAUUGGAUAGAUGGAAGAUUUGCCCCCCAGCAACCAGAUUAUUUGUCUUCAAGUUUGUGGUAUCACCACAAUUAUAUUACAGAUCCUGAUUGAGUUAGAGAAUCCACCACACCACAAGUUUCACAUUAAUUCCUGUUGCCAAUAAGGGGGUGCUUUGAUGAGAUGUUUGCAUGUGGGCAUGUUCAGUGUGAUACUGUUGUCUUGCAAGAGACUAGAAGAAUCCAGAAUUAUGUAUUUAAAAGUUACAAGAGGUUAAAGAGCACCAUCAAAAAUGCCUUAGUUUGAAAUUUAGAUGAAGCUGGUGAACUUCCUGUUGGGAUUUUGGUAUGGGUCCACUUGGCUUUUUUGCAGGUCUCAUGAUGACCCAUUUGCAGACCAAAAAUCAUAAGCCUAGGUUGAAUGGUCCAAGAAGGCUGCUUGUUUGAAUAGCCGUGGAAGAAAAAAUUCACAGUUCAGACUUGUGGCCCCACACUGAGGUGAAAACUCACAGUUUUUACAGCUUUAGAUCUUUAUGUUGUCAUGAAUCAACUGACAAAAUUUGGAGUCAAUCAGAAGAAAUCCCUAGGUGGAGUUUGUAAAAUGUGAGACUGUAAAAUGCCAAACAACGUCAAAUUUUGACAUUUACCCUUUAUUAUCUCACUUUCAGUAGAUAUUUUUAAAAGACAAAGUAGUUUUUUUGUUUGUCUGGACAUGAUACCUGUGUCUUGUCCAUGACUUUGUGUUGAAUGAACCGCAAGGUCGACAGGUGGAUUGGUGCAGCAUCAGCAGUAUUGCAGACGUUGUACCAUCAUGAUGAUGAGCCAGAAGGCGAAGCUCUUAAUUUACCGGUUGAUCUUCAUUCCACCCAACAUGUAUUGUCAUGUACUUUGGGUAAAGACCGAAAGAGUACGAUUACGGGUUCAAGCAGUAGAAUUGAGAUUCCUCAGGAGGGUGGCUGGGCUCAGCCAACACCAGAGGGAUCUCAAAGUAGGGCCGCUGCUCCCCCCUCUCCUCAGAAGGAGCAAGUUGAGGUGGUUCAAGCGCCUGAUCAGGAUGCCGCCCGGUUGCCUCCCUGUGGAGGUCUUCUGGGCGCGUCCAACUGGAAGGAGACCCAGGACUCACUGGAGGGAUUAUAUACCUCUUCUGACCUGGGAAUGGCUUGGAAUCCCCCAGGAAGAGUUGAAAAUGUCGUUGGGGAGAGGGAUGUGUGGGUGGACUUGUUUAGCCUGCUCUCUGGAUGAGCUGAAGAAAAUGGAUGUAGGGGAUGGAUGGAUGUGUUUAUUUCUCAAAAUCUCAAGACAACAACCAAAAUCUACACCUUACUGUGCAAAUAAAGAUAUCUUUUACCAAUACUCUUGGUUAAACCUGUUCAGAUAUUUGGGUCGUGAUUGCUCAUUCAGGAGCAGGUGGUGGGUCCUGAGGAUAGACCAGCUGGUCUAGUGUGCAUUUGGAGGGCUAUACAGUUAAAAUUGGUUGAAACAGUCCUUAUGACCGUGAUCUCCCAUGUUUUAAGAAGCCUUUGACAAACCAGGACAGAACCACCCAAUCACCCAAACUUUGCCUUUGGAUCAGUCAAAACUUAAAAUACUUGAACUCUGACUAUAAAAAUGCUUUGAGCCGCCGUUGGUGUCCCGUGGUCUAAAAAGCAGUUUAGAUUUAACAACGGUCUAGUGUGUGGCCAGCCUUAUAGACAUCAAAAAAGCAAAAUUGCAUCAAAUGAAGAGCCGUUCAGAAGCAGAUUACUGAGCUGAGACUUAACAUGAUCUCUUAAACGAGACACAUCCCAUCACUACAAGCUGAGCGAGGCUGGAUUGGCAAUCCAGACCACGUCAGUUGGACUUUAAUGCAUGCUUGAGCAUCUACACUACCAGUCUAAGACCACUUCAGAUCAGGUAUCUAUCCGUUGCACCCACACAGAGCAUUAAGGAUUACUACUUAGAAUCUGAGUGCCCUAAACGGAUGUUAAUGUGAGGUAUAAAUGAUCCCAGAGUCAGCUGCUCGCUGUGAAAAUGUGUGACCAGUAGCACUUGUUAAAGGUGCCUUACACCACCGAUUGACGGGCAUAACGUCUCAGAAUUACACACUUGAAAAGUCAACGGACGAUGUCGCUCCAUGCAGGACGAAUGGAAGCGAACUGCUGGGACUCUACGUGUAUUCAAAGAGCUGAAUGUCUCCUACUGUAAACUCCUCUUCCAGCUCUUCUUGUUCCUUUUAACAGCAGGAGGACUUUGUCAUUAUCACUUAGCCACAGCUGUUCUGCAAAAUAACUUUCCCAUGACUCCCUGUGCUCCUUCACUCCACCAAUCAUCAUCAUUGUUGUCAUGCUUUUAAAGUCAAGUCAUAAAAGAACACUCAGAGAAGACUUGGGUUUUGUCAGUCAAAUCCCUGCGCUUUUAUGGUUCUCUAGAGCUUUAAAAGAGGACUGAAACCUUUUUGUGGUUACCGUAAAUACUCAAAUAUAGAGUGAUGGUCAAUUAGUGACUGAAACAUUCAAAGUUUGUUUUGUGUGAGACAUCAACUGAAGAAAGCGGAGCAGUGGAAUCUGAUUCGACUGUCAAAAUUCUGUUAUAGCCAUAUUUAUGAGGAAGUCCACUAAAAGAAGAAGCUAUAUCACUGUAAAUCUAGUCAGUAUUCAUGAGUGUUUCAGUCCAGGAUUCUGAUGGUAUUUUAGGACAGAAAUGGCCUUUUAAAAUCCCCUGAACGAUUUUAUUUCCUGCCGAUGUGCUUUCUGUAAACGUACCUUCCUCUUAAAUCAUCCCAUGCUGUUUGUGUUUGUUCCCACCCUGCUGCUGUUGCUAAAGUUUACUCCCCGUCCUUCCUUUAGGAACAUUUAAUCAUCUGUUGCCUUCCAUUGUUUUCAUCCUUCGUGUUGUUUGGACUCUGCCGAAGACUUCCCGCUCUCGGCAGCGUCCCGCCGUUACCUCUGUGUGUUUGUAGCGUGACUCUUCUGGAGUAAACACUUGAAACACCAGAGCGUGUUUGUGAAUUUUCUCUCAACAAGCUGCAGAUCGGUUGGUGAAAUGUUUAGAAGGACCUGAGCCUCGUCUUUCACUGUUUGCAUCCGUCUGCUGCAAAACUCUCCAAAAUCAUCCACAAAAUAACAGGAAAUGAUGCUCCGAUGGGGGAAUUUAGAUCGUUCUGGGGUAUUCUUCUGCACCAAAGGAGAAAAUCGUCCAGUUUAGUGCUGGUUGGUGGAGAUAACAUUCAAAAGAUGAAAGAAGAAAUCUCAGAAUUUGGGGAGAAAUGUAUAACAUUAGAGCAAUUAUUGUUAAAACUGGCUAUUAAACUAGUAUUAACCACAAAACAUGCUGUAGGUACAGUCAUGUGCUUAAGUUUUACGCAUGUAAGACACUAAGGAUUCAUCAUAGGCCCGUGUCACAACCCAGUCAAAUUCCAAACAAGGUCAGGCUCAACAGCAUCUCUUUUCUCCAGGCCCUUUCACCCCGAUACGCCCAGAGACCACUGGUGUUUUUCAGGCCCUUUGAACAUCCACAGCACGACCAGGGGCUCAUGGCAACCCUACUGCCCAUCCGAAUGGUACCCCAGGCCAUGCUUACUCGCCACAUCCACCCUUACUUCACCCUAUCUUUAUGGACUUUGCCCUUUCCUAUUAUUUUCCCAUGCCUCUGGGACAAUGCAAGGACAUCCAGAGCAUAUCCAGGGUUGUGUCAAUCCCCCCUUCCCGCAGGAGGGUGUCCUCAGAUGGGCUAGCUCACCAUUACACACCGUGCUUCGGCCUGAACAUGCCUAAAAGUUCUGCACAAUACUGUACGCACCAAAAUUAACAUGGGCUAUAUUUGCGGACCAUAUUUUGUCAUGCUCUAUGCUUUAAGCCAUCGAUGUAGCCUGCAGCAAAAAACAAAUUUGGCAGCAAGCUACUAUGUCUUCAGACUCAUUGUCUUUACACAGGAAUUUUUGGGAAGUUUUUGCUUUCCAAAAGUCCACACAAAUUCCCUAAAAUGUCAAAGGAAUAUUAGUGAAAAUACUUAAAAAUAUUUAUAAAGUAUCCCAUAAAAAGUACCUCAAAAUUACUUCAAAAAGUCUCAGAAUAUUUCUGUGAAACUUUAUCAUAAGCCUAAAUAUUCCUGUGAAACAUUUCCCCCCCAGAAAAUGCCAUAUAAAUUCCUAAAAAUCCAAGCUAAGUUCUCACAUUUUAAUGCAAAUUCCCCCUAGAAUUUCAUAUUAAAAAUCCCCCAAAUUUUUAAAUACAUUCACUCAAAUUCCAUGAAAAUGACUAAGAUCAGCCCCACAAAUUGUACCAAUAAAUUGCCCAAUUUUCCACAAAAAGGCCAAAAUUUUCAAACAAAUUUACCCAUAUAACUUAACCACAUUCCAAUUAAAAAUUUCUAAAAUAUCUGUGAAAAUUCUGAAAAAAAAUUAUAUAUAUUUUUAAAGUAUCCCAACUUUCUCAUUAAGGCGAGUAAUCACAAAGAAACAUUUACCCAAGAUUUCUUGGUAAAUUCCUAAAAAAAAUCCAAGCAUAGUUUCCCAAAAUUUACCAGCAUAUUCCCCAAAAUGCCCUGAAAAUGACAGAAACAUCCAAAUAGUCCAAAAUUUCCAUGAAAAAAACCACACCCCAAAUUUCACAAAAAAUAAUCCCCAAAUUUGACAAAAAAUUCCCCCCUAAUUUCCAUAAGAAUAUCCCCAAAAAUCCCUGAAACUUCCAGUGAAACUCUCCAAAAUAUAAAAACAUAUCCCCGAAGUGUCCAUAAAAGUGCUUGAAAAUGUCCAAGCAAAUUCCCUGAAGGGUUCAAAAAGGAAUUUUCUCUCUAAACUUUGAUGGGCAUUUCUAGUUUGGACUUUAAGACAUAACUUCGACAAAGCUGGUGCAACACACUGCUGAAUAUGCAGUCGUCUAAAUAGAAGACCUCCAGACCUGUAGGUGGCGCCGAAGGGAUUGAGAUUUCAAUAAGACAAGAGGGAACACGAUCUUUAGGGUUAUAUACAGCCACUAAAACCAACUUAGGUCAAUUAGAUGAAUGUAGCUACAAAAGUGAGAAAGUUUCCUGCUUGUUUCAGCUCCUAACACUCGAUUUUAACGCCACCAAAUCCUGCUGAAGAACUAACAGGAAGUAGCCCAAUAGCAUUUGCAGUGAGAGCAGGUUCUUGGACUGGUGGGGCCAGCCCCAUUUGCAAUAAUGCACCUGUUUUUCUACUCUUUCAUAAGCAGAAAAGAAGAAAUCUGUUACCCUUUUUUUAAAGAGAAAGUUACAAAAUGAAGGCGUGCUUUUGCAGAAAAUCAACCAAACUUAGCACUAGAAUGUGUUUGCUUUUAGCCCAAAGUUAGCUCCAAAAAAUACUGCUUUAUCACUCAUUGAAGGCUUUAUACUAAUCAGAAAAACUAGUUUAACUGGGGGGGGAAAGGCAAAUAUUUGAAUUAGGAUGUUUUUAUCAGCUUAAAAUUUUAGUAAUGCCCAUGGUGUGUUCUGCUAUAGCAGAAAAGUGAGACGCUUUUGCAAAAACAGCCCUAACAUGAACAAAAAUGUCACAUUUUACACAUGUCUGUGCUCAUAGCUCCUGUCAUGUAUUAGGUAUUUAGGCUUAUAGUCACUAUGUAAGAUUAUAUAACUAAUAUUAUGAAUGUUGCAAAUAUUUCUGUUAUUCCAUGCUCCUGGAAAAGUCAAAGAAAUCUGUGAAAACCUUCAUAUCAGUUGUAUCAUAUCAAGUUUGUUGCCUUUGUUUGCAUAAAUAAGACUCACAUGAUUCCACAUUUAUUCAAAAAUGUCUGUUUUUCAUGUAUUUAUCUUCCAGGACCUCCUCCAUAAUUCACUGAGCAUGUGCAGGAUAUUUUGCACAACAAAUCAACAUGUACUCCCAUUCAAGUCGCAGCCUUGUGUCUCAGUUUAAAUGAACUGUAGGUUCUUAUCAUGUACUAAGAUUCAUCAUCAUGUAUAUAAAACCACGCUGUAUUUAAAGCUUUCUCUGCUCAGUGUUUGGAGCAGCCUCUGUGUUGUCUCAGUCCAUCAUGUCUUCCCUCUUUAAGUGUCUUCUCAGCUUUUGCCUUUAAACCAUCUGCUCUGCCAUCCUCCAUUUUUGACCGUGAACAUAUCAAUGCCUUCAAACAUCCAGUAGAUCUCCCUUUAUACCUGAACGAUGGAACUUAAAGCAAUGUCUCAUGUUUGUAUGAAAACUGUUCUCGUGGAAAUGUUGGAAAAGUGCAAAGAAAGAAACGUUCUCUUCUUC